AAGCUAGCUUUGGCUUUGCAUUAUAUAUAUUGCUUUCCAGGCCAUUCCCAGAUUGAGAUAUCCUCUCAGUCCUCUUGUACAUAUAGUAGCGUGGAUUUGUAAAUACAAAACAAAUGGCAGAUGUUUUAAGUGAAGAACAGAUUGCGGAGUUUCAGGAAGCUUUCUGUCUCUUUGACAGAGAUGGAGAUGGGUGCAUAACUAUUGACGAAUUGGCAACUGCCAUUAAGUCAUUGGACCAAAAUCCCACCGAAGAAGAAUUGAAAAACAUGAUCAGCGAAGUUGAUGCUGAUGGCAACGGAACCAUAGAGUUUGGGGAGUUUCUGAAUCUAAUGGCCAGGAAAAUGAAGGAAAAUGAAGCUGAAGAGGAAUUGAAAGAAGCUUUUAGGGUGUUUGACAAGGACCAAGAUGGUUACAUUUCACCUAAUGAGCUGAGACACGUAAUGAUAAAUCUUGGAGAGAGACUAACAGAUGAAGAGGUAGAUCAAAUGAUCAGAGAAGCUGAUUUGGAUGGUGAUGGUUUGGUCAAUUAUGAGGAAUUUGUGAGAAUGAUGUUAGCCGUUUGAUCUACCUAAACAUUUCUUUUAAUCUAUAUAUAUUGGCCUAUGUUUAUGAAGUCUGUUCGUGUUGGUCAAUGGUCAUCACUCCUGUAAUUUUUGUUUUACUUUUUAUUUUUUAUUUUUUAGGGGUCUAUCUACUCCAAGUCAUAGAAUUGCAUUGUGGAGUAAUGAAAUAGUUGAAGCCUAGUCCAUUACCUUAAUAUAUAAAUAAAGAUAAAAUACUUUAAUAUAUA